AUGUUCUAUAGUGUAAAUGAAUGGAAAAUAAAUAAAUUUAUUCAUUCCAUAUUUCCUAAGAAGUCCAUAUUAAUAAUAUUUCUCAUGUUAUAUUUGAGGAAAUUAACAAAAAGGAAGUACAACAUCUUAAGGGGUCUACUAGAAUUCGAACAAAUUCUUGGAAAAGGCCCUAGGGAGAAAUCAAGAAAAGGGCAUAAGAAAAUGAAAUCGAAGCAAAGUAAAAAUGAAAAGAAAAAUGAAGAACAAGAUGACCUCUUAAAAAGUAUAGAAGAUGAUCUCUUAAAAAAUAAACAAGUCCUCUUAAAAAGUAUAGAAGAUGACCUCUUGAAAAGCGUAGAAGAAAUGCUCUUAAGAAAUAAAGAGUAUAAAUUGUUGCAAAAUGAAUACGAUAAUAUGUUGCAAAAUAAAGAUCAUAAUAUGUUGCAAUAUAAAAAUGAUAAUGUGCUGCAAAAUGAAUAUCACAAGCUCUUACAAAACAAACAGGAUGAUAACUCACUUAAAGGUAAUCCUUUAAUUGUAAAUAAGCAAGUACAUAAUAGGUGUAUGAAGAAAACACAUGAAAAUAAGCAAGAUGGUGAAAAGAAUGAUGAUAUAUUCUUAAUGUCCCCCACAAAAGUAGACAGCAUAUGGAGAAGAUUAAAAAAAAGUCUUUCAAGAGGUAUGUUUAUGAAUUUUUUAUUAAAUGAUAAUAAUAAUAAUAAUAAUAAUGAAAAAAAACAUUCUAUGUUGUAUUUAAUAAAUAUGUUGAAAAAACAAUUCAAUUAUUAUAGUUCAAAAAAUUCAAAUGAUGAAAAAUUCGAGAAAUCACGAAAUGAAGGAGAAGAAAAAUAUGAUAAUUUAAAUAAGAAGAAUAAUAUGGUAUAUAAUUGGAAAAUAGGACAAGAAUGUUUUAUGAAAAAAUUAGGUAAUGUACAUAAUUUUGAAAUGAAUGGUGUUAAUUAUUAUGAUUUUAAUUUAUUAUCAAUUCCAACUAUUGGUUAUUCUAAAAGUAGUAAAAGACUUCAGUUGAUGUAUAAAACUGAUGUAAUAUAUGGGGAAAAUGAGAAUGAUGAAAAUAAUAUAAAAAAUAAAUUAUUUUUGAAAAAAGUUCCUGCAAAUUUGUGGAUUGAACAAUAUAAAUUAAUGAAAGAAUAUGAUGGAGAAUAUUUAUAUGGUGGGGAAAAUUAUGUAAUGGAAUUCUUAGUUUUUUCUUUUCUUGAUACAUAUCACCCUGAUAUAUGUCCUAAGUUGUAUAAAAUAUUAUAUGAGCCUCCAAAUAAAGAAUAUAUUAAAGAUGCAAAAAUAAAAUUUGACAAUAUAGAUGAUUUUGUAAAAUAUAUGGAAGAUACUAUAGAACAUAACAAAAGGAAUGAUGGUAAAAAUAAUGUUGAUAAUAAUAUACAUAACAAUAAUAUUAACGAUUGUAUAAUUAAUAGUGAUAAAAAAAAAAAUGAUAAUAAUAGCAACAAUAACAAUAAUAACAAUAGUAACAGUUGUGAUAAUAACAAUAAUAACAAUAGUAACAGUUGUGAUAAUAACUGUGGAUAUGUUGUAAUGGUAUCCGAAUAUUACGGUGAAGAUAUAUUUGAUUUUAUUAUAAAACGAAGGAAAAAUGUUUUUUUAAAAAUCCGAAGAAAAGAUAAAAUCAAUAUUCUUCAUGCAUGUUUAAAAUUAUUAGCAAGAUUACAUGAUGCUGGAUUAUCUCAUCUUGAUUUAACACCUGAUAAUAUAUUAAUAUCAAAAAAUAUGGAUUUACGUUUAUGUGAUUUUGCUAAAAGCACUCCAAUGUAUAGUAAUAAACUAAGACAUUUAAAAGCAUCUAAAAAUUUGUAUAAAUUCGAAUCAUAUGAAACUAAUGUUGCAAAAAGUGCAUAUACACCACCUGAAUGUUGGGAAAUAUUUUGGAGAUAUUAUGAAUUAAAUGUUAAAGAACCUUUAGAAUAUUUAAAAUUAAUUACAAACCAAGAAGAAAGGAAAAAAUUUUAUUUUGACGUUGCUUGUGCUGACAAAUUUAUGUUAGGGGUUCUAUUCAUAUGGAUAUGGACUAGUGGUAAUUUAUGGGGUUGUUCAGAUCCUUUACAAGAUGAUUAUUUUUAUAGUCUUAUGAAAUCAGAAAUGAAUUUUAAUAAUUUCCCAUGUACACAAAAUUGGCCCCAUGGCCUUAAGCAUAUCAUAAAGCAAUUGUUACAUAUGAAAUACAGAAAAGAUUUGGAUUUAAAUAUUUUAAGCAUUCAUCCAUGGUGGUACAAAAGAAAAAAGUAA